AACACCCAAGCGCUCCAUCGAUCCAAUCUCCCUCCCCCACUACCUUUCACGUUUCGAAUUUUAAAAACUUUUUUUUAUAUAUAUAAAUCCAUUUGCCUAUUUAAGCAUCAACCUAUUUGAAAUUCAAUUCUGUUGUUUUCGGUGUCUGAUUUUAAUUGACGGUAGAAAAUGAAGGUGGAAGAAGAGUGUACGACUCCGAAGAGCGUGGGAUGUCGGAUUCCGACUGCCCUUGUUUGUCCACCACCUCCCAAGAAGAAGUCGGUGGUUGGAAAGAAACGAGACCCACCAAAAGACGGGUAUUUUCAACCGCCUGAGCUUGAUGCUCUGCUUUCUAUUUUCACGUCAUAGAUACGAAGCUUGGGCAUAAUCCGCCCUCAAUAUGCAUUUUUAAUAUCGUUUAGUUAUUCUAUUUUAGGGACUGAAGGGGCUUAGUUUGAAAUUAGAAUUAAGGGAGUAAGAGAUGGGGACAUUAGAUGCAUUUUUCUAUUUCUGUAGAUAUAAAUGUGCGUCUCCUGUUAUGCUAAUGCUAGUGAGAUUUCUAAAUUUGUUAGAUUUUAGGGAGUGUAAUUGGUGACGAUUCCGUUGCUUCGAAUUGCUGGUCAGUUCAUUGCCUUUUCCUUUUCCAGUAGUUUUUAUGCUCUUGCAAAUUGCAAUGCAUUUAUUUACUUACUGAUUUUCCAA